AUGGGUGUUGGGUUACCGGGCCUGGAUAUUUCCCGCUGGCUGUUGGUUGUUUCUGGGCGAGCAACAGCUCGUUACAGUCGGAGAAUACACGUCUACAUGGUAUGGUCCGACGCCAUUCGUCUCUUGCGGACCGCAUACAGGCGGAAACAUCUGGUGACUGUUGGGUGUAUGGGUAUCGUUCUGGAUAGGUCCAUGAUAUUGAUAGCUCCUUCUUUCGUAUAUGCAGCGUUGCUUCGGACGCAGGCCGUCUGCUGA